AUGAAGAUCUUCUUCCAGUUAAUUAUUACAAAGGUUGCAUACGUGCUGUCAACUCCAUAUCUGCAAGAUGCAUCUGAAAAUGGUGAACUUUCUGAGAGGCAAAAGAAAUGGCUUGAUAAUGAUUAUAUUUGUCGCUACACCAUUUUGAAUGCCAUGAACAACUCACUGUUCAACAUCUUUCACAAAUAUUCUACUGCUGUUGAGUUAUGGCGUGUAAUACAAAAUAGGUACGUGAAUGAAGAUGCUAGCAAUAAAUCAUUCUUUGUUAACAAAUUUAUUGAAUAUAGAAUGGAUGAUUCAAGGGCCGUCAUUGAUCAAAUCAAUGAACUUAAUAAUAUUGCAACUGAAUGUGCUGAUGCUGGUGAACCAAUUUCAGAGACUUUUCAAGUUUCUACUAUCAUUGAAAAACUGCCUCCUUCAUGGAGUGAUUAUCAAAAAUAUUUAAAAUACAAGAAGAAGUCUCUAUCAUUGGAUGAUCUGGUUAAAUAUAUUCAGAUUGAGAGUGAAGCCCAAAAGAGAGAUGAAGUUGUUAAUCAAGGAAAAGAAGUAACGGUGUAUAAUAUUGAGGGCCCAUCUUCUAAAAAACCUUCAACCUCUAACCCAAAACAACAGUCCCAAAAGUGGAAGAAAGACUCUGCUAAGAAUAAGAGACUUAAAGCAAAAAAUGAUAAAUUCAAGAAAUAG